AUGACCGCCGAAACUGCUGCCAACAAAGCAGCAAAUGCGAACGAAGUUGAUGUUUUGAUCGUUGGUGCUGGACCAGCCGGUCUCAUGAUGGCUAUGUGGAUGGCACAAUACGGCAUCAAAACCAGAAUCGUUGAUAAGCGAGGUUCUAAGAUCUUCAACGGACAGGCGGACGGCUUGCAGUGCCGAACUCUCGAGAUCUUUGACUCUUUCGAAUUUGGCCACCGAGCGUGGAUGGAAUCAAACCAUAUGCUGGAGAUAUGCCUCUGGAACCCGGAUGAGGAAGGGAUCAUUCGACGGAGUGAUCGUAUACCAGAUACUAUCCCUGGGAUUAGUCGCUUCCAACAGGUCGUCCUUCACCAAGGCCGUAUUGAGCGCUUCUUCCUCGAUGCCAUCCAAAGCUGCAGUGACAUUCAGGUCGAAAGGGGGGUGCUGCCUUCUAAACUCGAGGUCGAUACGUCGCUUGUUGAAGAUGCCGAUGCAUAUCCCAUCACAGUGACGUUGCGGCACCUCAGCGAAGAAGAAGCAACUCCUAAACAAACAGCAACUUCACAAAACGGCACCUCCAUACAAGACGGUCUCUUUCGGAGCAAUUUAGCCCCGGAUGACACAGCGGAGCUAAUAAACGGGGCCAAAUUGAAUGACAAGGCAAACACUGAAGAGGUGGUGCGGGCUAAGUAUAUGCUAGGUGCCGACGGGGCCCAUUCCUGGGUCCGUAACCAACUCGGCUUCAAACUGGAAGGCGAAUCGACGGAUUAUAUCUGGGGAGUUCUGGACAUUAUCCCAAUCACGGAUUUUCCUGAUAUUAGGAUGAGAUGUGCAAUUCAUUCUCGUGAUGCCGGGAGCGUGAUGGUGAUUCCCCGUGAGAAUAAGCUUGUCAGGCUCUAUAUACAGCUCACAACCACAGCCAAAAUCGGCGAAGGCGGUGCAAAGGCGGACCGAUCCAAGAUCACGCCACAGACAAUAUUACAGUCCGCGCAACGCAUUAUAGCCCCCUACAAACUCGACUACCGUAAAUUGGAUUGGUGGACCGCCUACCAAAUUGGACAAAGAGUCGGAACCCAGUUCUCGAUGGAUGAAAGAAUCUUCCUAGCUGGGGACGCCGUGCACACACACAGUCCUAAAGCUGGUCAGGGAAUGAAUGUCAGUAUGCAAGAUGCCUUUAAUCUAGGCUGGAAGGUUGCCAGUGUCGUCAAAGGUCUUUCCAACCGGACAAUUUUGAAAACAUAUCAAUCAGAAAGACGGCGAAUCGCCCAAGACUUGAUUGCUUUCGACCAUCGAUUUUCUCGCUUGUUUUCUGGGCGCCCUGCACAAGACGUUAUGGACGAGGAAGGAAUUAGUAUGCAAGAGUUCAAAGAAGCGUUCGAGAAAGGCAACCUUUUUGCCAGUGGAAUCGCUGUCGACUACGGAUCGAGCAUCAUUGUAGCUAAGAAGGGAAGCUCUGAAGAGCAAGGGGACGGUACCGAUGUCGCGGUGCAAAACAAAAACCUCCAGGUGACUUCUGUUCAGACGCUCGCGUCCAAGAUCGAGGUGGGGAAGCGCAUACCAAGUUUCAAAGUCCUGAACCAAUCUGAUGCCCGACCUUCACAUUUACAAGAGCUGCUUCGCUCUAACGGACGUUGGCGGGUGAUAAUCUUCGCUGGCGAUGUCACAGAGCCCGCCCAAGCGACGAAAUUGAAGACUCUGGGAGCGCAACUCGCCCGGCCUCAGUCGUUUCUGAAUCGAUUCACACCGCCUUCCGGUCGCUAUGACAACGUUUUCGAACUACUGGUGGUUCACAAGGCGCCUCGAAGAGAUGUCUCUGUCUUUGACUUCCCCGAAGUAUUCCGACCAUAUGACGAAGUCGAUGGGUGGGACUAUUGGAAGAUCUUUGUCGACGACGAGUCCUAUCACGAGGGCCACGGACAGAUCUACCAGAAUCUUGAGGUGAAUCCGGAAGGAUGCUCGGUGAUCCUUCGACCAGAUCAACAUGUGUCGUACGUGGGUCCCAUGGAUGCCUAUGACGACCUUGACAGCUUCUUCGCUGGAUUCAUGAUUCCGCAGGCGACUAAAAGUAGCGGGCAUAUCUAG